AUGGGGUUGAGCUCUUUGUUUCCCGAGUCUCACACCCUCGGUUUCGCUGACCUCUUGGUUUUCGUAGCGCCGCUCUGGAUUGCUGUGGCUGUCGGAGUUUUGGUGGGUUGGAUAUGGAGGCCCAAGUGGGCGUAUCUCACCGGAGAUGGUGAUAAACUCUCUUCUUCUGAUGUACCAGCUAAAUUCUUCAGCUUCACGUUCAACCCCCUCAACGUUCACCUUCCCACUUCCAUCCUCAGGAGCAAUUCCCAGUCUUUUCCCGUUAACCCCAACAGCCCUUCUCCCCAGACGGAGAAAGAGAAAUCUGGGUUCGUGACGGAAGAUGAUUUUAGGCAUCUAUGGAAGUUGGUUGAGGUCAAAGAUGGCGGUCCUGCUUGGAUUCAAAUGAUGGACCGGUCAACUCCCACCUUCUCAUAUCAAGCUUGGAGGAGAGACCCUGAGAACGGGCCUCCCCAGUACCGUAGCAGAACAGUGUUUGAAGAUGCCACUCCCGAGAUGGUGAGGGACUUCUUUUGGGAUGAUGAGUUCCGUUCCAAGUGGGAUGAUAUGCUUUUGUUCUCUUCCACCCUGGAGGAUUGCAGGGACACGGGCACCAUGGUUGUGCAAUGGGUGCGCAAGUUCCCCUUCUUUUGUAGCGACAGGGAAUAUAUUAUUGGCCGUCGUAUAUGGGACGCGGGCCGAGUGUUUUACUGCAUUACAAAGGUAAUGUGUUCUUCUUGUGGAUAUGGAUUUGGUUAGAUGUUGUUGACGUAGACGGAUUUGAAGGUACCUUUUUUACAUGUGUCUCUAAAUAUCACUUUGUAUUUGUUUCAGGGAGUACAAUACCCGUCUGUACCAAGACAAAACAAGCCACGGCGUGUCGACUUAUACUAUUCAAGCUGGUGCAUCCGUGCAGUUGAAUCGAAGAGAGGCGAUGGUGAGAUGACAGCGUGUGAGGUCCUACUAUUUCACCAUGAGGAUAUGGGAAUACCGUGGGAGAUUGCAAAGCUCGGGGUGAGACAGGGGAUGUGGGGUGCAGUGAAGAAAAUAGAGCCAGGCUUGCGUGCAUAUCAGAGGGCCAAAGCAGCAGGAGAAGGUUUAUCACCAAGCGCAGCAAUGGCUCAAAUCAACACCAAAGUGAGUGCGGAGGAGUUCAUGAACGAGAGGGAUUUGGCAGAAGAUGUUUCAGGAGAGAAGCCGACGGGGAAAAACAUACCAAAGAUACUUGUGGUGGGAGGGGCGAUUGCGCUUGCAUGUACACUGGACAAAGGGCUGUUGACAAAGGCGGUGAUAUUUGGAGUAGCCAGAAGGUUUGCAAGAAUGGGGAAGAGGAUGUAG